AUGCGCGUUUGGGUGGCGGGCUUGCUGCAGCGGCAGAGGCUGCCCUGGGGUGUGGGGAGCAGCAGCCGCAGCAGGAAGGAGGGGCUGCAGCGUCUCCCCGGACGGGGCGGGGGCUUGGAUUCCCGUCCAGCAUGUGGCGCGAGCCUCGCUGAAGAAGAGCAGCGGCUCACCUGGCGCGAGGUAAGCGGCUUUCCUUUGGCAAAGGGGCGCUUCUCUCCCCCAGCCCCGCUUUUGUGUGUGUGUGUGUGGAAUUCCUGCGGCAGACAAAACGCAGCCCAAACAAGACGGGUAGUGGCCGGGGCCGUGAGGAGGCAGGAAAGGUGGCCGAGUCGUAGCGCAUCCUAUCGGGUUGCCUCUCCUGUUUUGCAAGGAGCAGUCUAGAUGAGAAAGAGCGUGUGUGUGUGUGUGUGUGUGUGUGUGAGAGAGAGAGAGAGAGAGAGAGAGAGAGAGAGCUCGAAAAGAUACGUGCCCUACCUCUUUGGAUAAGGAUGCUUGCCAUUUUUUCUUGUUUAAAAAAAUGCUUUGUUUUGACGUUUUUUGAGGGCGGGGGGAAGCUGGACGUGCUGCGCUUUGAAGGCGGAUGCCGUCUUGGAGACAUCUUUGAGGACAACUGCCGUGCGGGUCCCACUCGGAUGGAGGCUGCUGUUUUUUGUUCAGUUUGUGGCGUUGUCUGGGCACUGGAUUUGUGUCAUGCAGGAGCUUGA